UAUUUUUAUUAAUCUUAAAAAACAUUUAUAGUAAGCCAUACGUCAAAGUCAAAUUAAAAGAAACAAAUAUUCAGACUGAGUCAAAGACUCGGCACUUCCCUUCUUAUAUAUGGACUCAUCUUCCCAUAUUGCUUCACAUUCAAUGGCUUCUUCUUCUUCUUCUUCUUCUUCUUCUUCUUCUUCUUUCCCUGUUCUUCUUCUUCUUCUUCUUCUUCUGCCAUCCUUGUCCAUUUCUCAGCGCCACAAAAACAUAACUCUGGGUUCAUCUCUCACUGCAAAUCCACGCACCAGAACCAACAAUGGCGAUUACUGGUCCUCUCCCUCCGGCGACUUCGCUUUCGGCUUCUUACAGUUUGGAAGCGACGGCUUUCUCUUAGCCAUUUGGUUCAACAAAAUCCCAGAAAGAACUGUGGUCUGGUCGGCCAAUCGAAACGAACUGGUGCCCGGCGGAUCCACUGUCCAACUCACCUCUCCUGGUCAGCUCCUGCUCAAGAACUCAAGAACAGGCAACCAAGUAUGGAGCGCAAAUGCACCAAGUGAUAAUCGAACACUAGUUUCUUAUGCUGCCAUGCUCGAUACCGGAAACUUCGUCCUCGCUUCCAGUGAUUCCCAAAUUUUGUGGCAAUCCUUUGACGAACCCACUGAUACCAUUUUACCAUCACAGAUUAUGAACCAGAAAUCGCUCAUUGCGAGUCAAUCAGCCACUAAUUUCUCAGAGGGGAGAUUUCAAUUUUCUAUGCAACCUGAUGGGAAUCUCGUGCUUUACACAAGAAUUGCCCCUUUGGGUGCUCUUGGGACGGCUUAUUGGGCAAGUGACACUGUAAAUUCUGGGUUCCAGCUUGUUUUUAAUCUAUCUGGCUCUGUUUAUAUCUCUGCAAAAAAUGGAACUAUUAUAAGCAAUUUAAUCUCCUCCAGUUCUUAUUCAAAUGAAGGUUUCUACCAUCGAGCCAUUCUGGAUUACGAUGGUGUUUUCAGGCAAUAUGUGUAUCCAAAGAGCGAGAACGCUACUCCUGAGGGUAAGUCUUGGAUUAGUCUCUCAGAUUUCAUUCCUUCAAAUAUCUGUGAUAGAAUAGUUGGUGGGUUAGGAAGUGGAGUAUGUGGGUAUAAUAGCUAUUGUGAAACUGACGAAAAUCAUAGACCAUCUUGCAAAUGCCCACAAGGGUAUCGAAGGGUUGAUCCAAAAGAUGAAAUGAAAGGCUGCAGUCCAAAUUUUGUUCCUCAAACAUGCGAGGAUUCUGAUCUUGAAGCUAAUAAAUUCGAUUUCUCUGUCAUUGAUAACACAGAUUGGCCUAAAAUUGAUUAUAUGGGAUACUCAGGGGAAGAUGAGGAUUGGUGUAGAACAGCUUGUUUGAAUGAUUGUUUUUGUGCUGCUGUGGUUUCUGAAUCAGGGAAUUGUUGGAUGAAGAAGUUUCCUCUUUCAUUUGGAAGAGUUAACCGUGAUUACAACGGUAAAUCUUUGAUCAAAUAUAGGAAGGAUAACUCUAGUUUGAUAGCUACUGAUCUUGUCAUGAAAUACAAGGACAAAACAUUUGUGGUUAUUGGAUUAGCUCUUAUUGGUGGCUCAGGUUGUCUGAUUUUCAUGUUCUUGCUGGUUAGUUUUCUGAUUGUUUGUCGAAAGAGUAAGAACGGAUAUCGAUCCUUGGUUAUUUCCGGAAAGCUACCAGUUCUUGGAAUGAACCUGAGAAGUUUUAGCUAUGAAGAGCUAAACAAGGCCACAAAUGGGUUCAAGGAGAAGCUGGGAAGUGGUGCUUUUGCUACUGUUUAUAAAGGGAUUGUUGACUCCAUGGACAACGGCUUGGUAGCUGUUAAGCUAUUGGAUAAUACAGUGAAAGAAGCAGACCAAGAAUUCAAAGCUGAGGUCAGUGCUAUAGCUCGAACGAACCACAAGAAUUUGGUUCGAUUGCUCGGUUUCUGUAAUGAACAGCUACACAGACUGCUAGUUUAUGAGUUCAUGGCUAAUGGGUCUCUAGCAGAUUUUCUUUACGGACCGCCUUCAAACUGGAACAAGAGAAUUCAUCUGGCUAUAGGAACUGCUAGAGGGCUUAAUUAUUUACAUGAAGAGUGCAAAACUCAGAUUAUUCACUGUGAUAUUAAGCCUCAAAACAUCCUUAUUGAUGACACUUUUUCUGCAAGAAUUGCAGACUUUGGUUUAGCCAAACUCUUGAAGAAAGACCAGACUCGAACCGUGACCGCCAUUAGAGGAACGAAAGGGUAUGUGGCUCCAGAAUGGUUCAGGAACCUCCCGAUUACCGUGAAGGUAGAUGUUUAUAGCUUUGGAAUUGUGCUGUUGGAGAUCGUUUGUUGUAGAAGAAGCUUUGAAAUGAAAGCGGAGGCUGAGGAUGAAAUGGUGUUGGCUGAUUGGGCCUAUGAUUGCUUGAUAUCAAGGAAAGUUGAAAGGUUAGUAAGAAAAGAUGAGGAAGCUAAGAAGGAUAUGAAAAUGGUGGAGAAAUUGGUUACCGUUGCCAUUUGGUGCAUUCAAGAGGAGCCAUCUUUUAGGCCAUCCAUGAAGAAAGUCCUACAGAUGCUUGAAGGUGUUGUUGAAGUUCCAGCUCCUCCUCAUCCAUCUUCAUUCAUCACCACAAUUUAGUAACCAUCGAGAUCCAUUCUCGAGCUAUCUCUAGAGUGUCAUUUCAGUGAUUUUGUUUAUUUUCCGUUGCUUGUUGUACUUCUGACACUUUGCUCGAGAGUAUACGUUUUAAUCUAACCUAGUUGCUGUAUUUUUGUUGGAAUUGUUAGGUCAUUAUUCUGUAUCAUAGUUAGAAACCGAGUCAAAGUAGGUUAAGCCGUACAAAACGUGAUCAAUGAUUGACAUCCAGAUCGAUGUUGAAUGCAUGAACAUAUAAAAAUAUCGACAAGUUUACGAAAAUUUAUAACUUAAUCUAAGGGUAAAGGCAUGCAUCAUUGACCAGAAAUUCCAAGUCCCAUUCAACCAAACUACUAAUUUCCAAGUGCCUCUACUUUUCAGCUAUUCCAAGUCUUUCAAAGUGGUUGAGAAGUGAAUUUCUAGGAACUUGAGGGCAAGAAAACGUUACCUUCAAUGAUUACGAACGUGGAGUUAGUAGGUUUGAACAGUCAAUAAUGGUUAAGCUAUGUUCACCUUAGCUAUUUACCCUCAAACGUUAAAAUCUAUGAAGUUGUUUGGCUUGUAGAUUUUGUAGAUUCAAAAUCAGAACUGUUGUGAUAUGGAAUCACUCCAAGGAAAAAUAAAAUUCGAAUUACCUUGUUGAUCAAAUAUCAACGGGUAAUAACACUUAUUUGAAAUUCGAAUCAAAUAUAUCACUUUGGCCCGUUACGUAUCAUUGUUAGCCUUAUGGUUUUAAAACGCGUGUUAAGGAGAGGUUUCCUCACCCUUAUAAGAAAUGAUUCGUUCCCCUCUCCAACUGAUAUGAGAUCUCACAAUCCACCUUCAUCCCCCUUGGGGGUCCUGCAUUCUCGCUAGCACACCGUCUGGUGUUUGGCUCUGAUACCAUUUGUAACAGCCCAAGCCCACAUCUAGCAGAUAUUGUCCCAUUUGGCCCAUUACGAGUCGCCGUCAGCCACACGAUUUUAAAACACGUCUAUUAGGGAGAAGUUUCCACACGCUUAUAAGGAAUGCUUUGUUUCCCUCUUAACCGAUGCAGGAUCUCAUAUAAUGUAACUUGACUUUAUCCUAUGGUAAUUAGAACAACAUUUUUCACUACUUCCUUCAAGUGCAUAUUGUAUGAUUGAGAUGUCUUACGUGAUACCAUACCACGUAGUUGGGUUACAGAUUCAAAAAUUCAAACCUUGUGGGAAUUUGUAUAAGGGGUUACAAAGCCUGAGAUUCAAUAAACAAUGUUUGGAGGUUCAGGGUUGGAAAGCUUAAAAAUUAAACUAGAAACAUGUAUGGUUAGGAUAUUAAACAACUUACACACUCGAUCUAAGAACAAAAUAGAAAAAAUUAGAUGACUUCAAUAGCUACA